AUAUGUGUGUUUAUUGUCAAAUAGUUAAAACCUGGUCACAUUGUUCAUACCACACACAAACAAACAGUCGACAACAGAUCGCUGAAAACAAAUAUAAAUAUUAUAUCUUUUCAAAUAAAGUUCGGGUGAAAUUUUCGAAAAAUGCCACGCCGUAAGCCCACCACGAAGACCGAUGUCCUCGGUAACCUGGAUCUAAGUCCCGAGACUGCGGUGGGCGAAUAUAUGAUAUCUCGCCAACAGGAUCGUUUCUUCGUGAAACCGCCUAACUGGGACUCGGCUGGUGACUCCGUUGAGAUGCUGUACAUAGCUAAUAGUCGCGAGCAUGAGGCCAUGUUAGUGCUGCAGCGUCAGCUGCUGGAGGAUGCCCAGCACCAGGAGGAGCUGAAUAAUCAGCGCAUCGCACAGAUGUACAAGAUGCAGGAGCGGCUGCGGAAGCGCUUCAUUGAGGUGAAUGGCUUCAUUAAGGAUUGCGCGGACAAAAAGCGUUCUGCCGAGAAGAUCAUUCGAGAGCAGGAAGCCCAGCAUGACGAGCUGACCAUUGGCAUUGAUGAGUUCCGAAGAUCGCUCAGCUCGCUGAAUACAUUUCGAGCUGCUCUCAAGCAAACUGUCAGCGAAUUUGUGCAAUACGAGCGAGUCCUGGAUGAUGUGGUGGACGCAUCCGAUAUUUUCGUAUCGCCCAAAGAUUGCAUUGAUCGUUGUGAUGCCUUAAUGCUUGCCCAGGUUGAGAUCACUGAGCUGGAAAACAAAAAGCUGCAGGAGAUCGAGGAGAUGCGCAAGAGAAUGGUGAAGAUCACCAAUGAAGCGGCUCUCACAGUGCUGGGCCUUAAGAAUGAUCUGGCCAAGCUGGAGCGAUCCUAUAACGAAUCGCGCGCUUUAGGCCUCAAGUGGGAGAAGACAUUGAGCAUCUGCAAGGACACUGUAAGGAGCAAUGAUUUGGACAAGGAACGUGCACUCGAUGGCAUUCAAAUAAUCUACCGCAUGCUGUGCAAGCGUCGUGAUAUCGACGCCACUUUUAAUAGGCGCGAAGUGGAGAAAUGCUUAGAUUUUAUUAAGCGUGAAUUUGAGCUUCUAACGCUCGUCUUACAUGAGCUGGACAAAGGCAAAGACAAAGGCGGCAAAUCUGCCGAUAUCGAAGAAGAAUUUAUGUGUGAAUAAUGAUUAAAGUUGAAAGCUUUGUUAAUUCUAUUGCGCAAAAAAAAAUACUGUCUUACGUCAUCUUA